AUGCGUGGGGUCUAUCUCAAAGAUAAGAUUAGAAGUGAGUCUAUUCGCGAGAGAACGAAAGUAUCCGACAUAUCAUACAGGAUUAGUAAGUUAAAGUGGCAGUGGGCUAUGUGUAUAUGGGAUGUUAUUGCUUCUCCUUUAAAAAAUAAGUUUAACAUUGAACAUGAAGAUGGAUUACCCGUUAAAGAUUUUUCGAAAGUCGAAAAUUUCCAACGAACUAUCACGAAGAACUUAAUGUUUGCACAAGAUAGUCAGGCUUAUUGGCUUUUUACGAGAAAGAAUCCAUUAAUUCCUCAAAUUAUUGAGAAUGGGAACCCAAUUUCCUUAUGGACCUCCAAUUAUGAUGGUAGCAAACCAUUGAAAGUAAUAGCCCACGGGUGGAAUCGCGACGGAACAUCUGCUGUAAAUACAGAGGUCACGUCAGCAUUUCUUGAUAAUGGAGAUGUUAAUGUAAUUGUUGUUGACUGGAGAGAAAGUGCUAAUGGUGAUUACUUCAGUGCCUCAUUACGAGUUCCUGCAGCAGGUCGGUUUCUUGGAAAUUUCUUGAAUUGGUUGAUUAAUACUGGAGGUGGCAGCUGGGAUAAUGUACACCUAAUCGGUUAUAGUUUAGGAGCACAUUUAGUUGGAAACGCUGGACGGGAAGUGGGAAGUCGACCCAUGAGAAUUACUGGUCUUGACCCUGCAGGUCCAUUUUGGAGCAAUCCAUUUGCUUUAAAUAAGAGUUCUGGUAGAUACGUUGAAGUAAUCCACACAAACAUCUUGGGCAGGGGAAUUACAGAACCAAUAGGCCAUGUUGAUUUUUAUCCCAAUGGUGGUCAAACACAGCCAGGAUGUGAAGACACAGAUGACCCAAAUCGGUGUUCUCAUAGACGUUCUUAUGAGUUGUUUGCUUCAAGUAUUCGAACCAAUCAUUUAAUAGGUAGAAAAUGCACAGACUGGUGGCAAGCUUUCUUCAACAUAUGUUACGGUUCUACGUUAAACAUGGGAAAUGGAGUUUUGAGUAAAACAGGAAAUGGAAUAUACAGUCUAAGCACGGAAAGUAGCUGGCCGUUUUGAAUGUAGUUCCACUAAAAAUCGUCUGUAGUUUUAUUAUAC